UAUGUUAUCGAUGUUAAUUAAUUAAUUAAUAAGCUUAGCUUGUAAUGGUUUGAACCAAGUUGGGUUUGUCUAGUAGUUAGCUCACUAGUCCGCUUAAACAAGUGUUGGGGGUUCGAAUCCUGCCGCCUUAUGUAUGCAGUAACUCAUUGGCCAGCGAUACAUUUAUUCCUCCCCAUUGUACUCCUUCAUUAAAAUAAACAUCCAAUUAAAAUAUGACACAUCAGAGAGAGUAACUUACAUAUUAUUUUAGAGAGGAUAAGAUAGCAUUCACCUAAAUUUUAAUGACUAUUCAACAUUUCUCGAUAUAUAUAUUCGUUUGAAAACAUGGCACUAAGGCAAUGGGCAGUAGAAGAGGUACCUGAUCAUAAUCAAGAAUGGAGAAGCAGAAGGAGGAAGGGGGAGUAAAGUGCCCUCGAUGUGAUUCAUCAAACACCAAGUUUUGUUACUACAACAACUACAGCUUGUCACAGCCAAGGCACUUCUGCAAAGCCUGCAAGAGAUACUGGACAAGAGGUGGAACCCUCAGAAACGUUCCUGUUGGCGGCGGUUCCAGGAAGAACAAGCGUCGUCUCAACCACCCACACCCAAACACUACUUCUUCUCAGAUCAACAACAACAACGAUGAUGUGAAUCUCCCCUCCUUAUUCCACACCUUCACUUCUGAUGCUGCUCUUCAAAAUAAUCAUGUCUUUGCUGCUUCUUCUUCAAGCUAUGAUUCUAUCUUGUUACCUCCAACUAUGAUGCCGAUGCAACAAAACCUCAUCAAUGGUGGUUAUUAUUGCCAAAACCAGAUCGAGCAGCAGCAUCAUGUGCCUAAUUUCUCUGAUCCAAAUUCUCUUUAUUAUUGGAGUAAUGCUUUCACUUCUUGGAACAACGAUAAUAAUCAUCAUCUUACUUCUCUCAUCUAAGACAAUCUUUUUUUUUGCUUCAAAUUAAAAGAAAAAGAAAAAAGGGUAAAAGUGGGGUUUGGAUCGGAGUGAUCAUGUCAGCUGCUUCUUUUAAAGUCCCUAGCAUUACUGAUUACUACUGCGCCGAGAUGAACCUCGGAUCCUCUCAAUUCUACUCUCACCACCGUGAAUUUCAUCACUCUCUCUCAUCGAAUAGGUUCGUCUUUUAAUUUUCUUCUCAUUAUUAUGUAUGUAUAUAUGCACCAGUCACAUUUAAUUUCUUUACUUUGAUUUUUGACAUGUAUUAUCCGGUACAAAAAUGCUAUUUGUACACCAAAAUCAGCUACUAAAAUCAGCAACUAAUGUAUUUGUGUAUAGAUAUAUGUGUGGUUUAAUUUAUUUUCAAUGUGUAUUUGUAUUUCAACAUGUAUUUUAUACUGGUAGCUGAUUUUGAUGGCUGAUUUUGGUGUAACUCUAUUGCGUAUAUGCUGUAUGUGCUGUAAGAAAAAAGGGAACUACUAUUAGUUCCAUUUUUGUUCAUGGCGGAGGGACAAUUUAUAUAUUUAUUACUUUGCUUUGUUGUUGGAUGUUUCACUUAUGCAGUGUUCUUAUUAUUCA